CAAGGAAAUGAUUCAGUAAUGGGGUAUUUUGCAAAAGUAAAAAAAUGUAAUAACUCACUUGAAUAUGAUAAAGAAUAUCUUAAAUAUCAAUUCCUUCGUGAAUUAAAUUCUGAUAAUCAUAUGGAAGCCAAAAAAUAUGAAACAGACCUAUCAUUAGAUGAGCUGAUUGCAAAGUUAAGCGUGAUUGAGAAUAUCUGA